AUGACAUACACCGCAAAUUCAUCCGAUCCGUAUGAGUCAUUCUCUCCUUUUGUCGUUUCUCCAGACUGGUCCCGUAUUACACUCGAAGAGGAUGCAUCCUUCACCAGUGUCCUCAACCUUUCUCCCGAGAACAGACUUUCGGACUGUAGCGGCAAUCUGCCAUUGAAAUCAGCGUCUAUGGAAUAUCAAAGUCAACUAGACAUUGAAGACAGCGCCCAAAAUCUUCGUGUUGGGGAUGAGAAAGACACUGGGUGUGUUGCCAACCUUUGGGACAACUACCACUCGGAAUAUGCAAUUACUUCAUUUACUGACCCAAAUUCCAUGCCGUUUGAUUCAAUCAUCAAUGUGGUGGUCUCUGCAACAAAUACCUGGAGAGAGCAAAGUAAUACCAACAGGGGACUUCCCCGCCGCAGAAGUAGGCAUUACCUCCGGAGAAGAAGCGUCAACCCAGGUGUCACUGGGAUGAGUGUACAGCCAUCCUAUCCUUUGAUGCGAUGGCAGCAGUCGCCUCCUGAAGACGAACCUGCUGCACUCUCUACCGUAAGAGCUGCAGUUCAGCGCUCAGUCAGUCCACCGGGAAGAGAGAGAUCUACGCUCGAUAGCGACUGGGUUGUCCCUGAUUCAGAUGUUUUGGAUCCCUUCAGAACAUAUCGACAACCACGAUCGCGAGCAGCUUCAACGACUAGUUGUGAAAGUAUGACUAGUAAUUCUUCCCAAUCUAGUUUUUCUAGCGGUGCAACCAGGAAAAGACCAUCGAGUCUCUCCCGGAAGAUUCGAUCAAGUGAUAAAGACAAGUCUUCUUCGACCACGAACAUCCAGCGUCCAUUUUGUUGUACAUUCUGCUGUGAUACGUUUAAGAACAAGUAUGAUUGGAUGCGACACGAGAAGUCGCUUCAUCUAAACCUUGAGAAUUGGGUCUGCAUUCCCUUUGGCGGGACUGUCGUUUUGCAAGCCACAGGCCGGACACACUGUGCAUAUUGCAAUAUGUUAGAUCCUACUUCUGAGCAUCUCUCUGGGCACAACCACGGUGCAUGCGAUGGGCAGCUGCGGAAGUUUCGACGUAAGGACCAUCUUGUUCAGCACUUACGCCUUGUACAUCGUCUUACUACUCUUCCCCUAAUUUCCGAUUGGAAGAUCGAAGCCGACAAUUUCGAAUCUCACUGUGGUUUUUGCGAUCGCCAGAUGAGCAGUUGGUCGGAACGCUGCGACCACCUCGCUCUUCAUUUCCGCAACGGUUGUACCAUGGCUGAUUGGAAAGGUGAUCAUGGGUUUCCUCCUUCGAUCGCAUGCCAAGUGACUCGUGCCGUGCCGCCGUAUUUGAUUCAUCACGAGUCACAGACCUUGGUCCCUUUUUCUGCUACUAAUAGGCACGUUGACGAUCAUUUCUCCCAGAUGCUCUCACGAGCUAUGUUGGGAAGUAAUGCGGAGACCAACACCAAGGCUUGCCAACCAGCGCCUAGCCUAUUCGGCCAAUUUGAGGAUCAGCGCUCUUCGCUGAACUCCUACACUCAGAUCCUGGUUCUUCAUCUGUGUCACUAUGCAGAGGUACAGUCGCAUUUGGGUAUAAUUCCUACUGAUGAAAUGUUCCAGCGGGAGGCAAGACGCCUACUCUUCGACUCCGAUGACCCGUGGAAUCAGACGAUCGCAGACCGCCCAGAAUGGCUUGCAGAUUUCCGAGAGCAGCACGGGUAUUGA